AUGCGAGCAUUCUCACCCCCAAAUCUGCGGCGGGUUAUUCCCUUUUGCCCGUCAUGGAACAGAUAUGCCACCGCAGGGCUUCUGAAUAGAGCUCGCCCAUUUCCCCGGCAUCUCGCCCUCCCAGCUUCGCGGGAGCUGCGGAGAAGCCCCAAUGGAUCCCGGUGCUUUUCAUCUACUCCUCGCAACCCGUCUGUGUUGGAUGCAGAUUCAACAAUUUAUGCCUUAUCUACUGCACCAGGUAGAGCUGCCAUUGCGGUUGUGCGAAUUUCAGGCCCUGCAUGUGUUCAAAUAUACCAAGCUCUAUGCCCCAAAGCUUUGCUUCCGAAACCACGCGUCGCAGCCGUACGCACUAUCUACGAUCCAGCCCGAGAACCCUCGAACAACAGUGUGCUAGACGCCGGCGCCUUGGUGUUAUAUUUCCCAGGACCCAAGACAGUGACUGGCGAGGAUGUGCUUGAACUACAGCUUCACGGUGGACCAGCCAUUGUGAAAUCUGUCCUGGCGGCCAUCGCUCACACGAAUCGAUCAGAUGGCUUUGUUCGAUAUGCGGAACCAGGCGAGUUCACACGUCGCGCGUUCAUGAACAACCGAUUAGACCUUCCGCAGAUUGAGGCGCUAGGUGAUACUCUAUCAGCCGAUACCGAGCAGCAGCGUCGACUUGCCGUGCGGGGUGCCAGUGAUGCGCUCUCUAAGCGGUACGAAUUGUGGCGUUAUCAGUUACUAUACGCACGGGGAGAAUUAGAAGCCUUAAUUGACUUCUCGGAGGAUCAGCAUUUUGACGAGUCCACUGAUGAGCUUGUAUCCUCGGUUGCAUCCCAGGUGCGGGCGCUGCAGGCACAGAUCAGGUUCCAUGUUCAGAAUGCGUCUAAAGGGGAGCUAUUGCGGAACGGAAUCAAGAUCGCCCUCCUUGGGGCGCCCAAUGCGGGAAAGAGCUCCCUCCUGAAUCGAAUUGUCGGUAAGGAAGCGGCCAUCGUCAGUACUGAAGAAGGGACCACCCGGGAUAUCGUGGAUGUCGGGGUGGAUCUUGGCGGGUGGUACUGUAAACUCGGCGAUAUGGCCGGGAUUCGAUCGGAGUCGGGAGGUCCUGCAAAAGGCGACACUGUGGUGAUCGGGGCGGUGGAAAAGGAAGGUAUCCGACGUGCUAGGGCUCGAGCUUUGGAAUCCGAUGUGGUCGUCGUGGUUGUCUCAUUGGAAGAAGGAACAGACGGUAUCACGCCUUAUCGACUGCCAGUAGAGCCAGAAGUGGUCGACGCGGUCAAUGAUUGUGUACAAGCGGGCAAGUGCAUCAUCGUGGCUAUCAACAAAUGUGACCGAUUACCGAACGGCAAAUCUCCGUCAGACCUAACUGCGGCUGUUGGCGGGCUCUUCCCGGCGGUUCCUGAAACUCGGGUUUUUGGCAUCUCGUGCCACGAGGCGCUGCAGGGGUUAUCGCCGGGAGGGCAACUAGAUCCGGGGAACGUACAAGGCUUUCUUCGAGGACUCAUCUCUACAUUCGAGCAAAUUGCCUCUCCCAUGGGGAUUGAAGGGGACGAAAAUGGACAAUAUGAUAUUUCAUAUUGGGAAGAUUCUCUAGGAGUGACCCAUCGCCAAAGCUCUAAUUUACAAAGAUGCUUGCACCAUCUAGAUGAUUUUCUAAACCAAACCUCUAUAACCAAAACGCCUGAAACCGCUGACCAUGCUGACUAUGGAAAAAUUGAAACCGACGUGGAUAUCGUAACAGCCGCUGAACAUCUGCGAUUUGCCGCGGAUACGCUUGCGAAGAUCACCGGCAAAGGAGAAAGUGGGGAUGUCGAAGAUGUGUUGGGGGUCGUUUUUGAGAAGUACGUCUCAUCAUAG